AUGCAGAUGGGUGCAGACUACGAGGGUGAUCAGGUCACAUUGGAGUGCCCUAACUGCCGUGCGUCUUCACAUGUCAUGCGCACAUGGCGUGUCCCGCAGCCUGAAUCCACUCCUUCUCCUGAGCCUGAAGCAGCUGAGAUUAAUGAAGCACCACGGGAGGAUGAGCCAGCCACUCCUUCACGAGAUCGUCCUGAACCCGAUGAGUUCAUGUCGCCUGAGGAAGCCUUUCCGUGGUGGCCCGUUCCGUCGCACCUUGACGAGGCAUUAAGCAGCACACCGCAAUCAGCCAGUGCCUACCAUUCCAAUGUCCGGCUUGCCGACGGUAGGGUUGGCUCACUAGCGGACCCGGGGUCAUACGGAAACUUGGUUGGAGCUCAAUGGCUAGAGGAAGCCGUCUCUAAGGUACAGAAGCCGCCAACCAUGAUGCAGCGCAGUUCGCCAUUGCAAGUAGGAGGUGUUGGCAAAGGUGCUCAGCUGUGUGCUGAAGACUGCUGCCUGCCAAUCAGCUUGACCCGCACUGAUGGCAGUGUGUCCGCUGGCACCUACACAAGCCCUGUUGUCACCCAAAGCGCGUGUCCGGCGCUCCUUGGCCUCCGUGCACUUGAGCAGAACAGGGCUAUACUCGACUUGUCCAAGAAGCAGCUUCAUUUCAUGGGUCCUGGCGAGCCAACCUUAAUUCUCCCGCCGGGGUCCGAAAGUUUCCAACUGGAAUUGGCCAUGUCUGGCCAUCUCUUGCUGCCAUGCACAUCCAGCACUCCUGCCGUGGCCGGAGACCACCAGCUGUUCAUAGACAAGCCAGGUGAGGCUUACCAGGUAACCGUGCCACCCGGCGGCCAGCUUGCCGGAUUAGAGCAGUCGUGCAAGGAAAAGUGCGAAUGCUUUGAGUGGAGUUCCGCCGCUGAGGUGUUUGUCUCUGUUGCCAAGGCUCUUCAGAGUGCACAGCCUGAGGGCAGUCAGCCAAGGUUCUCUGAGGACAAAGGUUUCAGCUUUUGCCUGGGUGCGUAUACGCAUGGAGGCCAGAGUGGCAUUACCCGUGUUACCCAUGCGUGCCCGUGGCUUGCAAGCCUUGCAGCCAAACUCCUGCGAAGCAAAGACCCAGACUGUGUGUUCACCUCGAUUAUGGUGUUGGUGGACUCUGAAAGCCCCACUCACAUAGACCGGUACAACAAGGGCAGGAACACCGUACUGGCCCUGGAAUUGCCUACGCAAGGCGGAGGCCUGUGGGUGGAACUGCUGAAGGGGGACGUGAUCUCAGGACCUGUGUGCAUUCGCCAGGUGGAUGCCAAACAGGUAGCGGGUCCUGGUGAGUACAGGAAGCCUGACAAGAGUGGAUCUUUGCCACCUCAAAACCAGCCGACUCGAUCUGCAUUUGACAGGCAAUGCCCUGCUCGACCGCUGCCGUCGUCCAUCAAGCGUGGCAGGCCAGGAGUUCAGUCUUCGAGCUUGAAAGUAGUGAAGUCUGGCCCACCCAUGACUCCCACUGCCUUCAAGUCAUUGGUCGAAAACACGGGUGAGGAUUGCGACAUGGUCUCUCUGGCAGAGUCCUUGUACCAAGCUGCUUUCACAGCUACGGUCGGCGCACUGGAGUGGAUGGACUUUUCUGGCCGGAGUUGGGAUGACGUAAGCGCGCUGAGGCUAGCUGAGGUGCUCAUGCAUAGCCAGCAACUCGUGAAGCUGGUGCUCUCGGAGAAUCAAGUAGGAGAUGAUGGUAUGGAGGCUAUUGCGGGAAAGCUUCCCAGCAGUCUCGAAAUUCUGGACAUCUCCCACAACAAGAUCGGUGAUCUUGGGGCUUCUCACCUGGCCAAUGCCCUGGCAAGGCUCCCUGAGCUACGGCAACUUUACAUCAGUGCAAAUGGCUUCGGGGAGCCAGGCUUGGCUGACAUAGCCUCGCAGCUGCCCUUGUGCCCAAAGCUUUCCACGCUCAGAGCUGCAAAGCUGGGCUUAGGGGAUGGUCUCAAGGCCCUAUCAAUGGUUUUAUCCCGCUGCCCAAAUCUUCAGAACCUUUCCUUGAAAGAGAACCAGAUGGGAAAUGCUGCUGCUAGCGUUCUGGCAAGCACGUUGACUCCCUUCAUCGAAGAGCUGCUGCUUGAUGACAAUGGCAUAGGGGACGUCGGCAUAAGAGCCAUCGCCGGGAGGCUCAGAGAUUGUAAGCGUCUGCGCCUACUUUCGCUAAACGAAAACUGUUUUGGCGACUCUGGUGCGGGAGCGCUUGCGCGGGCUUUGCCAAGCUGCCCGACCAUGUGCACUUUGAGAGUAAGCUUCAACCACAUCUCACCACAGGCCUUGACCCGCAUCCGGAUUGCGGCGCCGGCGCUGAACCUUUGUGCAUUCGGGCAGACGGCCAGGGCACGAUGA